UUUUUUUUAUUAUAAACAUGUUUAAAAAAUAAUAAAUUUAAUCAUUUAACCGUUAUUUUAGUAUUACUAAAUUGGUGCAAAAUCGCUUCUAUAGUGUUUCCUGUAGUCGCAAGUUUUAAUUGCAGCUAUAGGUUGAACAAAUUUUUUUUUUUUUUUGAAAGAGGGCCUAUAGGCUGCCUACAGCUGUGUUUCAGUAAAACGCGGCUAUAGCCUGCCUCCAGCUAUGUUUCAGUAAAACGUGGCUUAAACCAUGUCUAUAUUUGCGUUUCUUUAAACUCGGCUACAGGUUUGGUAUAAAUUAUAAAAAAAAUAAAAAAAAAACCCUCAGAUUAUAUUUCACUCUAAUCCGGUCUCUCACUCUCUCCCUUUGACUCCAAACCCUCACCGCCGAUCCACCCCUCUACCACCGAUACUCCUCACCAUGGCCGAAGCCUUUCACAUCUCAGCCUCAACUUCUCUCUAAAACCAAAACCUAUAAACUCUCCCACUCUAGAUCGGUCUCACCCUCUCUUCAAUCUAAACGACGCACAGCCUCCUAGCUCCGUCGUGAAGCCCAGCCACCACCACCACAAUGGUGGUUCCCAACCUCUCAUCACUUCACGGAUCUGCCAAGAACCGUGGCAGAUCCAGUUCCAGUUCCAGGACCAGGUCAUUAAAAUUAUCGGGUUGAUUUCAAUCCAACCGUUUUUCGGAGGAGAGGAGAGAACAGAUUCGGAGAUUUGGUUGCAGAAAAGUCCAAUCGUUUCGUUGGAACGAACUGAUUGGCUUUGGAAGGUGUUUUUGCCUCAAGGGUCGGAUAAGGAUCAUGAGGUAGUUAAUGUGAGUGGGCCCAACGCAGUUGAUAUUUCGGGUUUGGAGUAUCCGGAAACAGUUGUGUUUGUUGGGGGAUUCGACCCGUUACAGGAUCGGCAGAGGAGUUACUAUGAGUGGUUGAAGAAAUCUGGGAAACAGGCUCCCUUAAUCAAGUAUGCAGACAUGAUGCAUGCGUUUUAUGUGUUUCUGGAAUUGCCUCAGUCGUCUCAGUUGAUAGCACAGCCAGCCUCCCCUCCUGAGUGCCAUGGUUCAUGCCAUAUACAGCAGGACUAGUGAUAUGCAAUUGGUUAGAAAAUCUCUCCCUGCACUUCUCAAAGAGUAUCACUUUUGGAAUUCAGGAAUACAUAAGGUGACCAUUCAAGAUGCUCAAUCUUGCAACCACACCUUGAAUCGGUAUUAUGCAAUGUGGAACAAACCCAGGCCUGAAUCUUCAACAAUUCCAAGAAGGGGGUGCUUUGAAAUACGAGAAAAAGGUGGCGAGACAUUCAUCAGUCUUCUGGUGAAAAACUUCCCUUGUUUGGAUGCUCGAUUGUCCGACAUAUGCAUCAGUACUUCGGCAGCUCCAACUUAUCUUCCUACCUACCAAUUCAAGAACCAAGAUAAUGAAGGGAAUGUUCGAAAAUUCAAUCUUAUAGAUGGUGGUGUUGCUGCAAACAAUCCGGUAUAUAAUCAUUUAGAGAGAAAGUUAAUUUUAAAUUGCAUAUUUGAUGCUCAACUUUUGACAUUUAUCUAUUGAAUUGAAUUCGUGAAAUUGAGUACACUCUAAAACUGUGGAGCUUAUGAUAUGGCA